CUCAAAGAUUCCAACCCACUUGUCAAUUGCCAUGACUGUUGGGUCCGUCUUUGUUUGGUUGGUGUUCAUAGAAUAAAGAGAAAAAAGACACCAAAAGACUUGGAGAGUGUCUUUUACGCGCUCUCGUCAGUCCCACUUGCCCUAUUUUGUGGAUUUUGAUAUUCAAGUUUGGUUCUUUUUGUUUGUGGCUUCAAUUGUAGAAAGGUGGAGAAAAUAUUUCUGAGUUUGGUGCCUUUUGAAAAUCCAACCAAGGGUAUUGCACUUCUUGAGGUGGGUUAUUGCUAAUAUGCUUUUAAUUUGCCAUCUUUAUAGGGGUUUUAUUUUAAGGCUUAAGAUUGGUAAUUCGUGAUUGUUGCCUCUCUUUUUUUUUUAUCUGAGGCUGGGAUUUUCGUCUUGGAAGGGAAGUUUGUUUGUUCUGAUGAUUUUUAGAGGAAUUAUUAUAUAAAAUAUAGAAAUUUUAUCAAAAUUCUUUGAUUUUUAGUUGCCACAUAUGAUAGAAGCUUAACCUGCAAAAUUUUAGAGGUAACUUGUGAUUCUUGGGCAUUGAAAUUGAGAAAUUCAUUGAUUGCUUGGUUUUGGCAUAUAUCAGAUGAUUGAUGGGAGUUUGACAAUGUCUUUCCAUUCAUUGAAUUACCCAUCUUAUAUAUUGAGUCAUGUAAACACACAUAAAACCCUUUCUAAGGCAAGGAUGAACCCAGUUCUAGCCAUACCCCCAUCAUCAGUUGUCUUGCACGCAGAUGAGAGUGGGAACUUUCAUGAACCUAAGAAAAUUUCUGGUUUAAUGAGAAGUGAUUCUUCAGAUUCAUUGCUUAGUCAAGAAAAUACAGUGGGUAUCAUAGGAGGAAUAUCAGCUAAUUCUAAUGUGAAUUUCUUGAGAAAACUAGUCCAAUGGAGUUCAAAAGCUGGGCAAGAUUCUCUUCCAUUUGUUCUUUGCUCUGAUCCAGUAUUAAGUAAGGAGCUUUUAUUACAUGAAAGAAAUUCGUUUACUUCUCUUGGUAGGCAAAAUGAAAAUUUCCAAUUGGAUCAUACAAAGAUCGUGGAGAAUCUAAGGGGUAAAAGGGUUUUUCUUGAGAGAUCAGGUGCUCGUUGCAUAGUAAUGCCUUGUCAUAUUUCACAUUCGUGGCAUGAUGAGGCUUCAAAAGGGUGCUCUGUUCAUUUCCUGCAUAUGGGUGAAUGUGUUGCUAGGGAGCUUAAGGAAGCUAAGCUGAAGCCAUUAGAGGCUGGAAGUCCUUUGCGGAUUGGGUUGCUAGCAACCAAUGCUAUCCUGAGUGCAGGGUUCUAUCAAGAGAAACUGCAAAGUGAGGGAUUUGAGGUUGUGCUACCAGAUAAAGCAACCAUGGACCACACUGUAAUCCCUGCAAUUGAUCCUUUAAACAGAAAGGACAUUGAAGGGGCGAGGAAUCUGCUGAGAAUAGCACUUCAGUUUCUUCUGGUGAGAGCAGUAAACAUUGUUAUUCUUGCUUCUGAUGAUAUCAUCGAUCUUUUGCCUCAGGAUGAUCCUCUUCUCAAGAAAUGUAUUGAUCCAAUCGAUGCAUUGGCUCGUUCAACUAUCAAGUGGGCUGAAGCUGCUGAAAAUGGUACAUGAAUUUGAUACUGAGGAUUUGUUUAUUCUGUUCUUCAUCAUAAAGUUUCAUUUACAAUUUGCUAUCAUGUUAGGGGAAAAUGUAUGUAUUGCAAACUAGUCCCUAGAGAAUUAUGUAUUAUUUGCAGAGACAGAUUAUUAUCAGAUACAACUGAACUGGAAUUUUACCAGAGAAAGUGCCUCAAUGGAUCUUGUAGAAAAUCAGGAAAAGAAAUGUUCAUUCAAAUUAUUAUGCAAUUUUCUGUUUGUUAAUGAGAUUUUCGCAUGUAAUUAAUUUGAAGUUUUGAUUUGGAUUAGUAUUCCAUUGAAUUAGAUUUCAA